AUGGAGCUGGAUGGAAGCUUUGAGUCUUUGACCUACUCCUCCCACUCGUUGACUAAAAUUCAAGCAAGAUAUCAUAAACAAGGCAAUUGCUCUAGUUCGUGCGGAGAAAUCCAAAGCAUCAAGUACCCUUUUCGCCUAAAGGGUGAUCCAUCAGGCUGUGGUGACUCUGACCAUGAAUUUUCCUGCGUGGACGACAGAACCAUCUUAGAAAUCUUUCCAGGCAGAUUCUACGUGCACAACAUUUCAUAUAACGAUCAAAUACUCCGUUUGGUUGAUGUCAACUUUGCCAAUGGAAGCUGCAGCCUUCCAUCUGGCUCUGUUUUAUCAGCAGACAGGGACGUCAAGGAUUUUCGAUUCGGUGGAUUUGUAAACAGCUCUCGCAGUCUUUUUCGAUUUAUGAAGUGCUCCAAAAACAUCAGUAGCCUGCAAACAGCUGCUAAUUAUACAAGAGUUCCACGUUUGACAACAAACGGGAGUUACUUGUAUGCUAUUUAUGACCGCGACUAUUAUUAUCAUCGUCAACCACAACCAUCGUGCUCGCUUAUUUCAGUGGCGCCUGUGGAUUUUGAUCAGGACAUUAAGUUCCCUUCUUAUGAAGCUGUCAUGGAACUUUUGCAGGCUGGCUUUGAUGUUGGAUGGUCGGUUGAGUGCAGGGAUUGUUCUUUGGCUGGCAAGGGCUGUUUGAGUACAAAGAACCCACAUCACUUCAAAUUAUCUUAAUAUUGGUGGGAAUUGGUAUAGGAGCUCUAGUUGGUCUAUUCUUUAUAAUUCUCAUAUUGGUGGUCGUUAUCCUCAAGUAUCGGAGACGACGAA